AUGGUACGUAGAAGUGCCCGUCUUAGAAAUAAAGGUUGCGACGAGAACGGUAGCGAAAAUGAGGGAUUCGAUACGGAAAAUGGGCAAGAAACUCUUGAGAAUUUGGUAAAAAGAACGUAUGAAUUGAUUAAAGAAAAAGUAGAAAAUAAUCGGGCGAGUUCUCGGUCUGAUGUGGCGAUCGAGAAGGAGGAUGGACAACAAAGAGCAGGAGAGUUUAUUAGUAUUUCAUCGAGAGUGAAAGACAAUGUAUCCAAGUAAGUAUUGUUUGGAAAACGUUUGAGAAAAAUUGCCCCAAUCCAAUAUAUCUCUUGCCUCAGUUGCAUGUAAGUUCUUCCAGUUUGACUCUGCCAAGCAUUGCAAGUUUUCUCUUGGGACUCUAGUUUCUUCAUGUAGUAACACUGUGUCAAUUUAAGAGAUACCCUUAGGCCAUAUAAAAUAAAUUCCUUGAUUCUAAUCACCGCCCGACGAUAUUUUGGUUUCCGCAUUGAUAUAUUUUUGUAUUUUGUUAUAAAAUAUAAAUUUACCGCCCGACCGAGCAUCUUCAGAGAUUUAAUUAUUUUUAUAUUUUAUAUUGGAAUUUUUGCGAUAUAUAAUUGUUUUAUCGUUAAUAUUGCAACAUGUUCAGGGAUGCUUGGAAUACUGAAGGAAAAAAUGGGCUUAUAGCCUUAUUACAACGAUUUGUGUGGACCCUUAUGCAUGUUCAUUAGCGCAUGUGCAAUUAUCCACUUAUAUAGCGUUCUUCUAUAAUAUAUUUAAGGGCAAAUAUAAAAAGACCUCCCUCUCCAAUUUUUUAAAUUUUAAACUUUUUUUAUAUAUUUUGACAUAAAAUAUAAAAUAUAAACCUCCCGCCUCCUGGGAGUUUUUAACAUUUAGCGAUGAGAAUCAAGGAAUUUAUUUUAUAUGGCCUUAUUGGACCUCUAGAGAAGAGAACAGUUCAGAACUGAUAGAGCUAUCCAGUAAGCUUUAGUAGUUUAGGUUUCUUCAUUAGUUCAUUUAGAUGUUAGACUUAGAUACAAUAGUUCUAUAACACUAACUUUAGUGUCUAACAUCAACUCGAUUAUUUGCCAUAAUUUCAGCUGUCACACUCUGGCAUCAGAACUAAACCCAGGGCUGGACGUCAAUGACUUGUACUUCAAAAUGGGCCAAAGCAAUUCAAAAACAAUUCCAUCCAUCAAUAAAAAUUUAACUCUGUUCAAUGAAAAACAGGUACAUUUACUUCUCAUGUAUGGCAGGAUCACCAUUUGCUGCACUGGGAAGCUUGUUUGUGUUAAGAGGCAAUUUUUUUCAAUGUCACGUAUUUGCGAUGAAAAGUGUUCAAAACCUAAAAUCUUUUUGGCGUUCCUCUCAGAAUUACUUUGUUUUACCUUUAUUUUCUAGUUUAUAGAGUUAGCUACCUUUUUAAAUGCAUCUGCCAGUUGAGAAACAUAAAAUAAUAGUUAAAAAUUGUCAAUUAAAAUACAAUUAUCAAUGAUGCUUUAAAAUUGAUGCCAUAUUUAUAGUCAUAUAAGCAAAACUUACUGAACUUCAGACAUCAUUUUCUCUUUGGCGUAUCAUCUAAAAUCUCUUCAUUUUAACAUUAUUUUACAGAUAAAGCACUAAACAUACUUUCUAAGUUUGUUUGCCGAUUGAGAAACGUAUCGAAAAAUAAAAAUUUUGAAUUUAGUCAUAAUCUCGAAUGAUAUAUUAUACGCAUUAGUUUUGAGUGCGUGUUACGUAACAUACAAAAAAAACUCUUAAUAUAGGUUUUACUGUUGAUUUUUUAGAUCAUGAAAAAGUGUGUAAUAACGCCAGACUUUGAGAAGAAAGAAACAGCUCCACAAUAUCAUGUCACACACCAUGCACUGAAAAAACAGAAAAAGGUUAAUAGAUAUUUAUUUGGACAAUGAUAGUGGUGGUAAUGAUGAUGGUAGUAAUGAUGUUGUGUGAUGGUGAUGAUGGUGUUGACGAUGGUGGUGAUGAUGGUGUUGAUGGUGGUGGUGAUGGUGGUGUUGAUGAUGACGAGAAUACAGGUGGUGAUGAUGGUGGUUGUGAUGGUAACGAUCAUGGUGAUGAUGGUACUGAUGAUGAUGUGUGGUGAUGAUGGUGCUAAUAAUGAUGUAUGGUGGUGGUGAUGAUGAUGGUGUUUAUGAUGAUGAAGCCAAAAAAAAAAUAUGUGGGUUUCCGGUUUCCCGACCCUACCUAGCUUUUGGACAUCGAAAUCCCAACCCUAAACUUUUUUAUUGGAUCAUGCUUGUAACACUUAGAGGAAAAAGUUUGUGGAAAAUUGAAAUUUGAGGCAAUAUUAGGGAAAUUUAUCUUUGGAUGUGGAAGCACUGACUAAACAAUGGUGUCCGGUUGUUAGGAAAAUUAAAAAAAAAAGUUUAAAAAAAAAGUUAAAACCGACCUACCCUACCUAAGUUUUUAUAAGAAGAAACCAGAAACCCACAUUUUCUUUUGGCCUGAAGAGAAUACCGGUGGUGAUGAUGGUUGUUGUGAUAGUGAUGGUCUGAUAAUUAAUGGUGAUGACGUUCAGACAAUGAAUUUUUUGUUGUCUACUCUGUGCCAGAUGUGUAAAAUGAAAUGUAGUUUUAGUCAUAUUUAUUUUUCUACGACAGAAAGAGAAAAAGAAGUCUGCAGGUCGUAAUUGGUUUGACAUGCCAGCCCCAGAAAUGACACAAGAACUACAGAGAGACCUCAACAUUCUUCGAAUGAGAAGUGUUCUUGAUCCCAAAAGACAUUAUAAGAAGAACAAUUCAAAGAAACUGCCGAAAUAUUUCCAGGUAGUUCCGAACUUUUAUAGAUAGAUCUCAGCUUUGUUUACUGUUUUCCCUAGAGGUCUGGUCUGGACCAUCCCUUUCUAUAAAUCCCAUGUUACUACAGGAGGAAACUUAUACUCAACUAACUUCAUUUGGCUGGAUAGCUGUACCAGCUCUAAACUGUUCUUCCUAGAGAUCCAAUAACAGCCACUCCUUAAGUAGUGAUCCAGUGUUACUUCAGGAGGAAACGUGAUUACGGCCCAGAGAAAGCCUGUGUUACUGUUGUUGAGUGACUAGACGUGCUUGGCUCACAUUCAAUACUAAUAUGUUCAAUACAUUCAAUACUAAUUUUUAUUUGCUUUUCUUAGCUUGGUACAGUGGUCAGUGGCCCAGCAGAAUUCUACUCAUCUCGAUUGCCUAAACGUGAAAGGAAACAAACUAUUGUUGAAAGUCUCUUGGCUGAUGCAGAAUUUAGAAGGUAAACAUUUUGUUUAAUUAACACACCUAUCAAUUGAUAAACCGUGAUCAGUGACAUAAUAUUUAUAGACAUGAAAUUUCCCCCACUUAUUUUGUAGAUAUAACAAACGAAAAUAUUUGGAAAUUCAAGCAUCAAAAGAAAGGGGGAAAAAGAAAGGAUUCUAUAGGAGGACGAAACGAAAGCGAAGAUAA